AUCAAAUCGAUAAAAUUAUUGAAAUAUGAAAGUUUCAACCAGAAAUUCAUUUAUUUUGCAAGAUAUCUAGAAAUGUAAUCUGUUUCAAAAGCCAUGUUCAGCCGCUUGUUGCGUUUUAUAGGACGCGCUUUAGCACAAGCUGUUUCCUCGUCUCCUUCCCGAUUGCCUUCAAUUGCCGUUGUUCCUCGUGUAAUUCAUUGCGAAAGACAUUCUCAAAAUGUUAGAAAUUUCUUAUUUGCGCAAUGGAUUGACAGAACUGUAAAACUGCUCGUUUUCGAUAUGAGUAUUCCUGAAGAAUCAUCCAUUCACAGUGAAAAGAGCUUUAGUGAUUAUGUGAUCAAUUGUGAUAGACGUCUUGGAAAGCCAUCUAGCCAGUCUGCAGUUUAUGAAGCUAAAAUUGACAACAACAAGUGUGCCAUCAAAAUGUUGUUCAAUUAUCAUGCCAAUUCCAAUAGUAUAUCAUUGUUGAAAGCCUUUUCUAAAGAGCUUGCUGUCAUAUCUGACAUUGAUGUUGAGAAUGUUGAAGGCAUGUCAAAAUAUACUCGGCUACCACCUCAUUUCAAUGUGAUGAGAAUUUUGAAUUAUUUUAAUGACAAUAUGCUAGUAUGUCCAGACUCAGUAAAAGACUAUCCUGCAGCUCUUCCUCCUAGUCGUCAUAAAUAUGGAUGUGGACAUAACAGAACAAUGUAUUAUGUUAUGCCAAGGUUUUCAGGAACUCUUGAAGAUUUCAUCAAGAAACAUGACAAUAAUCUUUCAUUAAAAUCACGCUUGGCGUUAUUUGCUCAACUAGUCGAAGGAAUUCGUCAUUUGAACGAACAUAAAGUCGCUCAUCGUGACUUGAAAAUUGAUAACAUUCUUGUGAAUGAAGGUGAAGGGGAUUUUCAUCAUCUUGUCAUCACAGACUUUGAUUGUUGUUUUGCUGAGAAAGAUCACGGUUUAAUAAUGCCUUACGUUACGGAUGAAACCUGUAAAGGUGGGAAUUCCAUGUUGAUGGCUCCCGAGGUUGAAUCUGCCGAGGCUGGGCCUGAUAGCAAAAUUGAUUACAGUAAAGCAGAUGAAUGGGCUGCAGCAACUUUGGCAUACGAUAUAUUCGGAGAAAGUAACCCGUUUGCAAAUAAGGUGGCGAAUAAAUAUGACAUCAAGGAUUUGCCCUUGUUGAAAAAUGCUCCGAAAUCUGUUCAAAUUCUUGUAAAAAAUCUUUUGCAACGACAUCCGAAUGAUAGACCUUCUCCCUCAGUAGCAGCUACGGUUAUUCAAAUACAACUGUGGGCACCUAACUUGUUUCGUUGUGCAUACAACAAAGCCAGUGUAUUGCGUGUUUUUGUGAAAGAUUGGUUUGAAAAGGAGAUUUGUUCACUGUUUUUUGAAUUUAAUAAUCAACAAUAUAGUGGAUUUCUAAAUCAAGAAAAUAUUCCUGUUGACAAACAAAUUUUAUGCAAUUUUUUGAGUCGUGUUUCGAUUGACGAGAUCAUUGAGGCUAUUGAGUGGUUAAAAAGACAUGUAGACGACAUAUGAGUGUGGUAGCAGAAAGUGAUUUAUCUUUCAUGGUCACUGGUCAUUCUCUUCUGAAUAAUUUCCACAAAGAUAACAUUAAAUAAGCCAAGCAAUUUUUAUCGUCUAAAGUGAACCUCGCUUUCAACCAUUAUUUUGAUUCAUUUUGGAUAAUGUAAUUAAAUAAUUUAGUAAUUUUGCGAUUAAGCAGCACACUUUUAAGAUUCAAAGGAAUUCUUUUAAUCGCAUAAAGACAGCCGUAUAAUUUAGUACGUACCUAAGCAUAUAUAAAGCAUUUCCAAAUCAAGUAUAAAAUUUCCUUCACAUGACCAAA